AUUUGUGGUGGCAAGUAUAAGGCGGGAGCUACUAAUCAAUGUGAUGUUCGUGCUUAUUUCUAUGAAAGAUACUGUGAUAAUUAGACCCAGCUACUUCGGGUCAGAUAUGAAGGAAAUCAUAGAACAAGAGCUAAAUGCUCGCUUUUGUGGAAAAGUCAUAUAUAAAGUCGGUCUGUGCGUUUCAUUAUGGGACAUUUUAAAAGUUGAAGAAAGUUUCAUAUCAGAUGUGGACGGUGCUUAUUACACUGCAGUGACCUUCCGCAUUGUUUGUUUUCGUCCAUUUAUUGAUGAAAUUCUUAUUGGCAUCGUGAAAUCUGUUUCAAAAAGUGGUCUUCGUGUAUCACUUAACUUUUUUGAUGACAUUCUUAUACCUGCCGAGAAACUACGGUCACCAUCAAGAUAUGAUUAUGAACAUAAUGCAUGGAUAUGGGAAUAUGCUUAUGAAGGUGAAACAGCUGAAUUACGCAUCGAUAAACAUGAUACUAUACGAUUUCGAGUUGUAGAAGAAAUUUGGACUGAUCCUAAUCCGGAUACCGACAAGACGGCAAACUCAGAUCCCACUGAGACUGAUGUGAAUGCAGACAUCUUGACCGAAUCCAAGGCUCCAUAUACUUUAAUAGGUUCAGUUGUGGCUGAUGGACUAGGUGUAACCUGUUGGUGGGUCAGCUGAUCUCUGGAUCGAUCACUCUGCAUCGAUUUCUGGAUCGUGAGAUAAUGGAAUUGUGUUUUUUUUAUAUUUUUAAUAUGACCAUGGAUCAUUCACAGAAAGAGAGAGAGAGAGAAAGAAAAUGCGCGCGCGUGUGUGUAUGUCAGGACAAGAAGAAAAUCCACCAUUUUUAACCCUCUCUGCCCCCCUCUUUUAUCUUUUUUAUCAGAGAAAAAAAAGAACCAACCAACAAAAAAAACAACAAAACAAAUAACAUCAAAAAACAACAACUCAUUAUUUAUUUUUGUAAUAUUGACCAGACAAGAAAAUAGAAUAAAGAAGUGUAUUUCAUUGUGUGUUAGUUACGAUUUUAUUUUUUAUCGUUAUUAUUAUUAUCAUCAUCAUCAUCAGUAUUAUGGUUCGUUAUUUCCUUCACAUUGUGUUUGUCUAGUAGGUAUUAUUAUCACAGAGAAAAUUUGAAAAAACGAACAAACAUUUAAACAACAACAUUUAAAAACAGAAUAUAAGAAGGACUCAAAUAGUUGAAUCCGUUUUAUUAUGUGAAAAUUGGAAGCAAGAUAGACAGAUCGAUCGAUCGAUCGAUCGAUAGAUAGAUAGAUAGAAAGAAGGAAUUUGUGGUUUGCAUGAGAAGUGAUUGUGUGAAUGAGUAGCACUCUCUUUCCUCGGUGUUUACAUAUAUAUAUAUAUAUAUAUAUAU